GUGUGUGUGUGUGUGUGUGUGUGUGUGUGUGUGUGUGUGUGUGUGUGUGUGUGUGCGUGCGCACGCGGGCACAAACACAAGAACACAAUAGCGUUAUCUAAUGAAGUGUUGAUAUAAAGACUUUAAUUUUAUUAAUUUGAUUAAGGUUAGACACAACAAUACUUGCUAUAGUGGGGGACAAACACAUGUGCGACUGUUAGUUAAUAUUGUUUGAUUGAAAGAACUGAAAAAGCAAAUCCCAGAGACUCCCAAACAGGCUGUGCACAAUCUCCUGUGACUGUGCUUUGUCAUGAAGAGAGAGGAGUUGUCACAUGCAAAGUUGGACGCUCCUGUUAGAUAUCAGAAUUAAAAAAAAAUAAUUGAAUAGGGAAAAAAGUUAAAAACAAAGCUUUUCUUUGUCUUUAAUAUUUUGAUGCUAACCUCACUUUCUUUUUCCAACAGAUGUGAAUGUGGUCCUGUAAAAGCUGUGGUUCAACUGCAUCAACAAGGGUCCAUCUUCUAAAACACUACAGAGUAAAAGUUGGAUGUGGUGAUACACACAAUGUCUACUCCAGCAAAGCUUCGGAUUGUCCUAGGAGAAGAUAACUAUGUGAAGCUGACUUUGCCCUCUGGCAUACCAAACUCUGUGGACAGUCUUAAAAUAGAGAUUCAAAGACAGUUUGGCAUUGAAGGAGACUUCAGACUUCAGUAUAUGGACAAUGAUUUUGACCAGUUUAUGAACCUGACUUCAACGGCAGAUAUUCAAGACAAAGGAACAGUUAAAGUGAUCACACAAAGUGAGCUGUCAACUCUUGGAUCAGGCUGUACUCCAUAUGCACCAGUUCAUGAUGAGGAUGACUCCUCUCCAGAUACUGAUAUACUUUCCUCCACUGAGUCAACCAGCUCAAAUUCAACUUCAUCCUCAACCUCAUCUCUAAGGUGUCAAGGCUGGCCACACAGCUUUCCUAUUCCUGUGUUCUCCUACGAAGUGGAGAUGCAGCUGUCAAAGGCAAACCAGGAAUUUCUUGCUGAAGGCAAGCGACUGAACCCAAGUCUCAAAGUCAGGUCAGACAUUUUACAGGCCUUGGCCUCUGAAAUAAUGAAGUACACAACAGGAUACCCUACCGGAGCACAWUUGGAGGAUGUUGCACAAGCGUUGAUCACAAAACAUCCAUGCUUGAAGGAACAGGGCUCUGUUACCGGAUUUUAUGGUUGGAAAAUCAGCCUAAAGUACAAAAUGGGSAACUAUCGUUCCAAGCUUAGAAGUUUGGGAUGUCCAGAACUGAGCAUCAACUCGUUGAAAACCAAGAAGUCUGGCGACUUGACUAGUCCUAACCAAGUGAAAAAACCCAGGAGAGCUGAAYUCAAUUUUUGUCCCCAUUACCCAGCUGGAGAAGACAAAGAGAGCCUGGAGAAGGUACGAGUUGAACUGCUAUCUGAGGUCAAGAAAAGGAACAACCAGCAGGUGAUCAAAGAGAAAAUGGAGAAAAGCUUUGCUCAUCGGCGGUAUGAGGUGGUUCAAGACAUGCCCUUCAUUGCAGAAUUCAAAAGUAGAUGGCCAGCUCUAUUUACGAAACAUCAGGUAUGUGCAGAGUUCACACGCAUUACCACCAUCCCGCUUCUCCCAAAGUUUAUGGCGCAGCUGGACCGCUACUCUGAAAAUUUGACCAGAGUUCUCCGUAAGAAAGGGGGAGCAGUAGGACACAAAAUCAAAAACAUUAUGGCUGUCAUGGACCAGGACAACUCCAUUGCAACCAGGAGAUCUUGCAGCCUCCAAGCACUAACUUUGUAUCUCAAUGAAGACCCUGAAAWGCUAGUGAAGGAGUACGGA